AUGCGUGAGAUUGUUCACCUCCAGACCGGCCAGUGCGGUAACCAGAUCGGUGCUGCUUUCUGGCAGAACAUCUCUGGCGAGCACGGCCUCGACAGCAAUGGCGUCUACAACGGCACUUCCGAGCUCCAGCUCGAGCGCAUGAACGUCUACUUCAAUGAGGCCUCUGGCAACAAGUACGUUCCCCGUGCCGUCCUCGUCGAUCUCGAGCCCGGUACCAUGGACGCCGUCCGUGCUGGUCCCUUCGGCCAGCUCUUCCGCCCCGACAACUUCGUCUUCGGCCAGUCCGGCGCCGGCAACAACUGGGCCAAGGGUCACUACACUGAGGGUGCCGAGCUUGUCGAUCAGGUUCUCGAUGUCGUCCGCCGUGAGGCCGAGGGCUGCGAUUGCCUCCAGGGUUUCCAGAUCACCCACUCCCUUGGUGGUGGUACCGGUGCCGGUAUGGGUACUCUGCUGAUCUCCAAGAUCCGUGAGGAGUUCCCUGACCGCAUGAUGGCUACCUUCUCGGUCGUUCCCUCGCCCAAGGUUUCCGACACCGUUGUCGAGCCCUACAACGCCACCCUUUCCGUUCACCAGCUCGUUGAGAACUCCGACGAGACCUUCUGCAUUGACAACGAGGCUCUCUACGACAUUUGCAUCCGCACCCUCAAGCUGUCCAACCCCUCGUACGGCGACCUGAACCACCUCGUCUCCGCCGUCAUGUCCGGCGUCUCGACCUCGCUUCGUUUCCCCGGCCAGCUCAACUCCGAUCUCCGCAAGCUCGCCGUCAACAUGGUUCCCUUCCCCCGUCUCCACUUCUUCAUGGUCGGCUUCGCCCCUCUGACCAGCCGCGGCUCGCACUCUUUCCGUGCCGUCAGCGUUCCUGAGCUCACUCAACAGAUGUUCGACCCCAAGAACAUGAUGGCCGCCUCUGACUUCCGUAACGGUCGCUACCUGACCUGCUCCGCCAUCUUCCGUGGCAAGGUCGCCAUGAAGGAGGUCGAGGACCAGAUGCGCAACGUCCAGAGCAAGAACUCUUCGUACUUCGUUGAGUGGAUCCCCAACAACGUCCAGACUGCCCUUUGCUCCAUCCCUCCCCGUGGCCUCAAGAUGUCCUCCACCUUCGUCGGUAACUCCACCGCCAUUCAGGAGCUCUUCAAGCGUAUCGGCGAGCAGUUCACUGCCAUGUUCCGGCGCAAGGCUUUCCUUCACUGGUACACUGGUGAGGGUAUGGACGAGAUGGAGUUCACUGAGGCUGAGUCCAACAUGAACGAUCUUGUUUCGGAGUACCAGCAGUACCAGGAUGCUGGUGUCGAUGAGGAGGAGGAGGAGUACGAGGAGGAGGCUCCUCUCGACGAGGAGCCUUAG